GUACUAAGUGUACUUGUGGCUAAAGAACGCGCAUUUUAUGCAACACAUUCAACUAUCUCAUGAUAUAUUUAGUCCAAGGCCGUUGUUCGAGAGUAGAUAUAGUGUCUGUGAAGACACGUUGAUUCAGGAAAUAUGUCAAAAAUCAGUGUGGAAUUGCCCGACGGAAAGACAUAUAAGUACAUAUAUGAAUCUGGAUUACUUUAUGAUGAGUUGAUUUUGAAUUUAGUGCCUGACAAAGACCUAAAAACGCAAAUUGAAAAUAUACUUAAUCUUGAUAUUCGGGAAAAUGAUGUUUAUCUGGCGACCUUUCCGAAAAGCGGAACACACUGGGUAUGGGAAAUUUUGGGUAUGUUGAAAAAUGGGAGAUCGACAUACGAUACGAAAACAAAACAAUCAGCAACAUUGGACUUUCAGUCACCAGAACUUAUCGGAAAUAUUACAUCACCAAGGAUCCUGAACUGCCAUUACCCGUGUAAACUCACACCAAAGGGAGUAUUCAAUAAAGGAGUGAAAAUAGUUCAUGUUAUGCGAAACCCAAAAGAUGUUAUUGUAUCUUGCUAUUAUCACAUGAAGAUAAUGGCUGGUGAACUCUUUCAAUUAAGUUUUCAAGAGUUUCUUCCCUUGAUGCUUGGUGACUAUGGCACAUACUUUUUCUACCCAUGGUUCAAAUACGUAAAAGAAUGGGAGAGAUUUUCAAAGAAACAUCCAGAUCAAAUACUUAACAUAUACUAUGAAGACUUAAAGGAGGAUUCCGUCCGUGAAAUAAAGAAAAUGGACACAUUUCUAGGAACGGGACAAAAUGAUGAUGUUAUCAAAGAGAUAGCUGAAGCAUGUAGAUUUAAAAACAUGAAAAAAGCUGAUGCAGAAGUCAAGUUGCCCGAGGAGUUCAUGGUUAAAGCAGGAAGACCAUGUUUGUAUAGAUUAGGUGAAGUAGGUGACUGGAAAAAUCACUUCACCCUUGAACAAAAUGAGCAAGUGGAUAAAUGGAUUGAGGAGAAUUUGGUUGAAACAGAACUUUCGUUUAAAUACACACUUUGAAUACAAAGAAAGGAUAUAUGAAUAAAACAAUUAAAUAUGUAAGAGAUGUACAUAAAACAAUGAGACUUUCACUUUUAAAAACACUGUGUAUUUUUCUUACACGCCUUACAAGGACACAGAUACAAAAAGAGAAAUAAAAUAUAGCAAUUAUUGGAAAUGUAAAAUUUCUCUUUAAGAAAUAACUAAUCUAAAAGCUAUAACCUAAUCUAAAAGCUAUAAUAACAAUUCGUUUUUUACAAGCAAUGACUUAUCUAUACAUCAUAUAAAAUUUAAUGUAUAUAAAUAUAUAAAGACCAAUGUAACAACAUUACCAGUGCAUGGGGGCAAAAAUAAUGAAUUCUAUACUAAGUCUUGAUCAUUUAGGACUUAAUGAUAUAAGAUUGUUUUAUGAUACCAAUUAAAAUUGUUUUCAUUUAAAGGAGUAAUUUAUACAAGAUUUGUAGAACGAUUUUUGGCAUGCAGUUAAUGAUUUUUGGCACUGCAAAAAUUGGAAAGCAAUUUUUCAAACCAAUAUGAGAAAAAUGGAAAUACGACUUAGCUCUCACGAUAUUAGCUUGACUUUUUUUUUACUUAUAUAUAUAUGCGUUUAUGUAAAAAUGUGUGUAUAUAUAUAGGAUAUGGAAAGGAUUCAUACUUUGACAAAACUAAUUUGACAAGACAGACCGAUUAAAUUUAUAAAAAGGAAACGUUAAGAUUUGUUCAAACAUUUCUUUGUUAGAAAAAGUAAACCCCGCCCGGCGCGGCGAUACAUGUACUACGACCUUUGAAGGUAACUAGGGUUUGACUUGAUUAUUAGUCUUUACAAGAGUAACUUGCCUUAGUAGUCAGUCUAUUUUUAGAACAAACACGGAAUAAAAAGAAAAUGUUAACAGUGCAUAAAUUGGAUGAAAAUUCUUCUAUUUCUUUGAAAAUUGUGAAAUUACAAUUGCAUGUACUGAAUUUAUAUCAAAACUUAAAUAGAAGAAAUUGUAGAGAUUUUAGUGAUAUUAUAAUAAAAAUAGGCAAAGAAUCAGUAUAAUUAAUGUACUUGAUUUAAUUCAAGUGUAUGUAUAUGAUAAACGAAUAGCUGUAACGUUUUAUUUUGUGUGGUCGUAUAAAGUCUUUGGAAAAUGUGUAGAUUUCAUACUUACCUGGUACAGGGAACACCGUGAUCUGCAAGGCGGUUUCCCCAGAAAGAGGCCCUUCCAUUGCACUUCGGUUGGGCUGACGUCUGCGAUAGCCCCAAAUGUGGGUUACUCGGGUACGCAAUUUAUUGGUGUGGGGACUGCGUUCGCGCUA